AUGCCGUCCAAGGACAAGUAUUCGGACCCCAAGCUUCGCGACCAAGUCAAAGAGCAGCUCAAGCAGGGCGACAAGGGCGGUGAGCCAGGACAAUGGAGCGCGAGGAAGGCACAAAUGAUGGCCAAGGAGUACAAAAAACGAGGCGGCGACUACAACACCCCCAAAGACUCCAAAGACGAGUCCCAGGAGAACCUCAAGAAGUGGGGCGACGAGGAGUGGCAGACAAAAGACGGAUCUGGUCAGGCCAAGAAGGAAGACGGCAGCCGGAAGCGCUACCUGCCCAAGAAGGCGUGGGAGGAGAUGAGCGAGAAGGAGAAGGAGCAGACGGACAAAAGGAAACAGGAGGAAGGAAAAAAUAGGCAGUUUGUCUUGAAUACUGCCAAGGCCAAGGAGGCGCGAAAGAGUGCCGGGAAGAAGGUUGGGGAGGAGUUUACUAAGAAGCGUGGUCGCAAGGCCAAAGACGACGGUGACAAGGACCAGAACAAGAAACCAAAAAUCGACUCGAACAAGUCAGAUGAAAACAACAGCACGAUCGGGUCGAAGCACGACAAGGCGGAUGCACCUGCACAGCAAGGCUCCAAGGACAGGCUCCCCAAGAAGGGGCAGAAGAAUGUCCACUGGAAGGCCAUGCCGGGCUGGGUGGAGGGCGAGGUGGUCGAGAUUGCCAGGACGACCAAGUCGGUGGAUGGCAAGCAGGUCAAGGCCUCGAAGGAUGAUCCCAAGGUUGUGCUCAAGUCUAAGAGCGGCAAGAUUUGUGUUCACAAGCCCGACAAUGUGUAUUUUGACUAG